AUGACUCCAGAAGAGAGGCACCUGCGGAAGAUGGCAGGUCACACUCACAGUCUGGGCUUUGUGCUUUGCAGGACAGUGGGAUUUGUGCCCCAGAGCAGAGCCCUGAAGCCAUGGAUGGUUGUCCUUCUCCUCAUCCUAUCACUGACCAUGGUGGGGCUGACCAUUGGCCUCCCGGUUAGCUUCAUAGACCCUGGUGAGAAAAUGGAAUAUUAUCAGGGCACCCUUACAAUCUCAGAUCUCCUCACCAGCAGCAACAGUGGACAAAAGAUCACACACCAGUUUAAGGACCUACAGAAGAUAAGUGAAAAUUUGGUGGAUGAGAUAUUUAUUGAUUCUGCUCUAAACAAGCACUAUGUCAAGAAUCAAGUAGUCAGACUGACUCCAGAGGGAGACAGUGUGACAGCUGACAUCAUCAUGGCAUUCCAGUUCCCAUCCACUGAGCAAAGGGCAGUGAGAGAGAAGGAAAUCCAGAGCAUCUUGAAUCGGAAGAUAAGGAAUACAAGAGCCUUGCAAGUAAAUGUCUCAUCAGUUCAAGUUAAUGAUUGUGGUAAACGAGCUGCGCCACUAGCAGUCAACAGAAUAAUGUCUGGAGAACUUGCACCCAAGGGUGCCUGGCCUUGGCAAGCUUCUCUUCAGCAUGACGGUAUCCAUCAGUGUGGGGCCACCUUGAUUAGUAACACAUGGCUUGUCACUGCUGCACACUGCUUUAAAAGAGGUGCCAAUCCGCGGCAGUGGACCGUCAGUUUUGGAACAACAAUAAAACCUCCCCUGAUGAAAAGAAACGUCAGAAGGAUCGUAGUCCACGAGCGGUAUCGCUCCCCAUCCAAAGAGUACGACAUCGCCGUGGUGCAGCUGUCCUCCAAAGUGACCUUCACGGACGACGUGCGGCGCAUCUGCCUGCCGGGGACCUCGGCCUCGCUCCCGCCCGACUCCACCGUGUACAUCACCGGCUUCGGCUCGCUGCACUACGGCGGAGAAUACCAAAACAGUCUUCGAGAAGCCAGAGUGAAGACCAUCAGUAAUGCUGUGUGCAAGCAACCAUUUGUGUAUGGCAACGAUAUAAAAUUUGGAAUGUUCUGUGCUGGAUAUCUGGAAGGAAUUUAUGAUGCAUGCAGGGGCGAUUCUGGGGGACCGUUAGUUGUAAGAGACAAUACAGACACCUGGUAUCUCAUCGGGAUUGUGAGCUGGGGAGACAACUGCGGCCAAAAGAACAAACCUGGAGUCUACACAGACGUGACGUAUUACCGACGCUGGAUUGCUGCAAAAACAGGCCUCUAACUCAUCACACAAGUUAAAAAGAAAGAGCUGUAUGCAGGUCACACGCGUAUGGAAUCUACACACUCAAGCAUGUGGAACAAACAGAGUGAGAUUAAGGGUCAACUUGGCAACAGGAAACACAUUGUGUGGUUUAUUUUAGGGUCUCAUUGGUUAAACAGUAGUCCGUAGCUAAUUUAUAAGAUUUUUUUAUUUGUAAGGUAAGGGGUCAGCUUAUCCCAGCUUGGAAGCUACAGCUGGAAUAUUCAGCUCUUUAAAACAAGUAAAUUGGGGAAUAAUCAAGAUGUAGUACAAAUGUCUGAAGAUAGUCCGUGGAAUUCUUGUAGUGCCUUGGCCCGGGGUGUCAGUGAGAACUUUCAAAGAGUUCAGGAAACUCAGUAAGUCUCUGUACUUUCUCUAGAACCCACAAAUGCAUUUUUUUCGUUUUCCUUAUUCUUCCAUGUUUUUCAAAUUAUUUUUCUACCACAAGAAGUAAAUUUGCGACUUAUAAAGCAUUUUAGGCAUUUUUAUAGGGAACUGUAUAUGUAGGAAACAAAGUCUGAAAGAAGAAACCUCUAAAUAUUUUUGUGAUCUUUUUUUAAAAUACACACACACACACCAAACUACAGAUCUAUUCAGAGAAAACAUAGUUAUCAGCACAAUUAUUGUUUAAUAAAGUGUAUUUCUGUUAUGAAGAUUUGAGGGAAGGUGCUGAUAACUUUUAUGAGUCCAAGACAAAGGUACAAAAUUUCAAGAUGCACUUAUAUAUCUUAAUCAGUAUGCAGAACUUUUGACCACUGUUACUGUAAAGUUAAAUGGCUGGAAAUAAUUAAAAAUUUACUAAUAGCAGAAGAGUCAAAGAACACUUCUUUUACAUAAAAAGGAAAAGUUUAGCCUUUGUAUUUCUACUACCAAUUAACCCCUAUCAAUUGAGCCUACUGCAAUC